CUCUUUUUUUUGACCUCUCCAAUUUUUCUUUUGUCCUCCACCGAAGCACAAGGAAGCGAAUAUUAAAGAAAACACAACCACUGCCCCCCUCCUCCUCCUCCUCUCUCUCUCUCAAAAGAGGAUUUUUUUGGUGGGAGAUUCUUGGAUGGGCUACAUGCCCUCACUAAGGAGCAAAGCAGUCCACCUCGUCUCGGAUCUCACCACCGUCAUCCUGAAUCCCAUCUCCGAUAAGCCUUCGAAGCCGCCGGUGGAUGGACAAGGGGUGAAAACUACAGAGAAGGAAGUUUCAGAAGAAGAUUCUGGGGAUCCAGAUGGACCGGAUACAUCAUCUUUUACUGCAUUCCUCAUCUCCCUUUUAUCACCAUCAGACUCUGGUAGUCAUCCUGUAGAGGAUUUAAAUGAGCACCAUGCUGAAAUGGUAGAUACAGCUUUAGCAUCAGAGAUCAUGGAAAAUAGUGGAAAGAAAAGUCUACUUUCCAGAGGCAAGCAAUCACUGGGCAGAGCUAUACACAAAGCAGCGAGACUAAGUGGUUUGAGACAAAGCUCAGAGCCAAAAACUAAGGUUGUAAACGAAUCAAAACUGGUUGAACAUGAAAUGAAGCCUGUAAAGGUUCCACAAGAGGUUGCAUCACAGUUUAGUCUACCAGACAUGUCGGAACCAUCAUUGCUUCUUUCAGAAGAUUUGCGAAAUGCUCUUUAUGCAGCACUGCCAGCUCUGGUCCAGGGGAGGAACUGGCUGCUGCUUUAUAGUACUUGGAGGCAUGGGAUAUCCCUAUCAACUUUGUACAGAAGAAGCAUGCUUUGCCCUGGUUACUCUCUCUUGGUUGUUGGGGAUCAAAAAGGAGCAGUUUUUGGUGGCUUAGUGGAGGCACCAUUGUGCCCUACCAAUAGGAAAAAGUAUCAGGGUACAAAUAGAAGCUUUGUUUUCACCAAUCUGUUAAGCCAUGCUGUCAUAUAUCGUCCUACAGGUGCCAAUCAUUAUUUCACUUUGUGCUCAACUGAUUCCUUGGCCCUGGGUGGGGGUGGUCAUUUCGCCCUAUACUUAGAUGGAGAUCUGUUGAAUGGGUCGAGUUCAACUUCGGAAACUUUUGGCAAUUCCUGUCUUGCACACUCGGAAGACUUUGAAGUCAAGGAGGUUGAGCUGUGGGGUUUUGUCUAUGCGUCAAAAUACGAUGAGAUGGUAACUUUGUGUCGGACAGAGAAACCAGGGAUCUGCAGAUGGUGAAUUGCUAUUGAACGUUUGGAAGGGCUGGCAUUUGGAAUCUUUUUGUGUACGUAAUAAAUGUAGCUGGAGUUAUUGGAGUUAUUGUACAUAUGUGACCUACCUGACAUUCUGUAUAUAAAAUCACUAAUAUGGUUCCCAUUUAUUGCAUCGCAAGGAGAUUCUACAAGGGAGAAAAGCUUCCACAGAACUAUGUUAUUUUUAGUAUGCAUAUUGUAGAAUAAUUUAGCAUAAAUUGACGUAGACACGAAGUUCAGGCA